AGCGCCGCGGCACUGAGCAGACGCGCGGCGGAGCGGCGGAGCAGCAGCACGGAACGGCACACGCGAGUCCCACCUCGGGACAGACAGGGCCCCACGACGUCCCCUGUCCCAGGCAACUGCACACGCGCAUCUGGGAAGGUGGGUUUUCGAAUUGCACCGUUCCUCGGUUCGCCAGUCGGAGCAGCGGCCACCGGAGCGGGAGAGCCGCGACGCAAAGUUCACCGACUCGUCCGCCGGGAGACCGCGUUUAGUUCGCGGCUGUCGUCGCUCUCGACUCCCGUAACUUUGUAGAAAAGAAAGAAAGAGAAAGAGAAAAGUCGAUUUAUUCCCCGUCGGUUCCCGACAGAGGAGCGAGAAGAGAGAAAGUCGGAGGGGAAGGAGAGUUCCGUGGGGGAGAAGUGGAUGUACUCUCAGCCAUGGAUGUGACAGUUUACCCGCCUCCUCCUCAGGCUCUGGCCGCGUCGAACCACUCCAGGCUCGGACAGCUCUCCUACCCGGACCCGGCCUUCGGCACCAACAAGCUGGACGGGGACACCAUGUUCCUGGGCAUGCCAGAAGCAGGCCUUGACUUCGCCUCCACCAAUCAGUUUCGUGUGCCACAGCCCCCUCACCCUCUCUGCAAGGUGUCACCAAUCCAACCUUCACAGCACUGGAGGAGGGACACACACAUGCCUGACACACACCGUCUACCAUGGUCAUACUCAGUGGGUGGUUUGGGUGAUGAGGAUUUCAACAUCCCGCAAAUCACCCCCCCAAACCUGCCGGACCAUAUGAUGCCCCCCCACGUCCCUCACGAUCCCCCCUCUGGACAGUACCACCCUCUGGACCCUCCCUCCCGCUCAGCUUCACACCACCUCUACCAGUUGCAGGGCAUGGGCAUGCCUGGUGGCCAAGAUGGAGCUGCUAUGCUGAACCAGGAUGGUGGCACGUUCAGCCCAGACGGCGGCCCAAUGACCAGCACACUAUCUGUGAUGCAGCAGAUGGUGAACUCUGAUUCUCGGUUUACCAGCAGCCAGCAGCCAAUCGAAGCAGCUCUUGGACCCAGGAGCCAAUCAGGCAUGAAUCAACAGGGUCAGCUGUCCACCAUCAACCAAUCUCAGUUCGGGCUGAGUGGCAGCUCUGUUUCCCACAGUUCUCCUUCACCUCCAGAGAGUAAAUCAGCCACGCCAUCUCCCUCCAGUUCAGCACAUGAGGAUGAGAAUGAUGAUGGACUCAGGCAUGUUAGCGCAGCAGAGAAGCGGCCAGCAACAGUGGACAUCGCCAAGAAACCAAAAACGCCAAAGAAGAAGAAGCGAAAGGACCCCAAUGAGCCAGUGAAACCAGUGUCUGCCUACGCCUUGUUCUUCAGGGACACCCAGGCUAACAUCAAGGCCCAGAACCCGAACGCCACCUUUGGAGAGGUGUCAAAGAUUGUGGCCUCCAUGUGGGAUGGUCUGGGAGAGGAACAGAAACAGGUGUACAAGAAGAAGACAGAGACGGCAAAGAAGGAGUAUCUGAAACAACUAGCUGCCUACAGAGCCAGCCUGGUCUCACAGAGUUACAAUGACCCAUCCGAAAUGAAGCUGCCCCACUCCUCCUCCUCGUCUUCCUCCUCUACCUCAAUGUUUACACCCAAACCUUCAGUCUACCCCGGUCACCCAGGCCAGCACCCUUCCUCCAGCUCCCUCUCCCACCCUCUCCCUCACCCUCAGCACCCCGGCAUGUACAUGUCGUACCCUCACCCAUCCCAUCCUUCCCACACCUCAAGCCCCGGCCUCGGCCCCCACCUGUCCCCUCCUCAUAACCAGAUCCACCCCCAGCUCCAGGCUCUGUCCUCCAGAGGGACUGUGCCACGGCCCAGUGUCCCACACCAGGGAGCCCUGUCCCUUGGCAGCGUGGUGGCAGCGUCCACCCCUCCUCUCCAGGUCACCCCUCCCCUCCAUGGCCAGGCACACCUGGGAGGACUGCACAGUCCACACCACCAGCACCAGCAGCACCAGCAUCAGCAGCACCAGCACCAGCAUCAGCAGCACCAGCAUCAGCAUCAGCAUCAGCACCAGCACCCGCACCCGCAGCUCAGUGGACACUCACUGGGAAUGACACACUCUCCAGCCAUCACACAGGGCUACCUUCCCUCUCUCCAGUCUGACUACCAGCUAAUGGGAGGAGGUAUGCUUAAUGGUGGAGCGGUGAUGUCAUCAUCAGUGGACUACCACCAGCUGGGUCGACACACACCAAAUCACCACCCCUCUCUGGACUGGAGCACGGAUUACCAUGGCAAUGGAGCUGCUCAGAGAGACAAGCCUCUGUAUCUGAGCUAAUCUCAGGACAAACCUCAACCAAGCCCUUGAACUGCCACACCACGAAAACCUCCAGCCUCACCUCCACGCAAACACAAGCCAGCCUCAUCCAACCUGAACCCAAGAGGGACUCAACCAAGCGCCCACCUGAACCAGACCUGAGUUCAACACGCCAGGCUGUUUAGGGACACGCAAUUUGUUAAAACUGAAAAUGUGCACACCGGCGAGAAGAGGUGGGCAGGUACUGUGCUGUGAACCAUAUUGAUAAAUGUAUAUACUUCAAAAAGGAUAUUCUGUCCAAUUUCAAUUUAGAAUCUUAAAAUUUCAUAUUGAGUUGCUGAUUUUGUAACAACGGUGUUUACAUAAUUUCCAAAAGGCUCUGAAGAACGAGUGUAAAUUCCUGUAACAUAAUUUCGUGAGCUGUCGAUUUUUCCCACCUUUCACCUCAUAAUUGCUGUAUCCUUCUACGACCAAAGCCAGAGGAGCAGAGAACACAAAUAAAGGGUUAAUAACCCAAUACCACCCACUCGCACAAAUUGUUUUCCCCCACUCUUUCUUUAAUUAUAUGAAUAUUAGCCUUCUGCUUGAUGCAGUAUGGACUGAGGUCCAACAUAAUGGUUGUAGAGACAAAAAGAAAAUUAAAUGUAGUCUGAUUCUGAAGCAGCGCUGAACACAGUCAUGACUGGAUUGUGUACCUUUUAAAGAAAUGUUCAUUGUUUUCUCGCAGCGAUGCUCAGAUGUGGCGGGCAGAAAUCCAAUGUAUUUUAGUCCUUUAAAAUGAUGAAAUGUCAAAGAAUUCUUUUGUUAAAAGAAAAGGAACAAAAAUACCCCUCGGUACAUUGACAACUCCUCCUGGCAUAUGUCUGUUUAUAGUAUUGAGUUCGAUCCAAACUGCAUGUGUGAGUGUGUGAAGUGUUAAUGAGAGCGAGUGGUUGAUUGGGUUGCAUGGUCUCUUGUCAUCUCCGUUCCCCUGCGCUGAGAGGCUAUUUAAGAAACUAUAACUAUUGCUGGGUUGGCUGUGUUUUAAUGUUGUUGUUUUUUAAUCAAUUCAAGUUUUGUUUUAGUAUUAAUGAUGAUGAUUGAUGAGAGACAUAUCUCUCGCUCUGUAUCUCUUUGUAUUACUGUGAUUUUUUUUUUUUGGGCAGAUGAAAGGACUCUGGGCAACAACGACCAUGAAGAUUUUUUUAUUUUUAGAUUCUAAUGAUGUGUUUGACAAUAAAGUCAGUGCUGCAUUGAUGUGCAGUCAUUACUCCAAAACCU